AUGGAACAAUUCGAAUUCCACCCCGCAACCUCCGUCCCGAGCCGCACCUGGACCGAACUGGAGCCCGGAGUGGACGAGAUGGUUCUAAACGCCGACCCAUCCACCGGCCGGCGCACGACCCUCCAACGCUGGGCCCCCGGCGCCGCUAACCGCCAGCCCAUCUUCGUCCACGAUUAUGUCGAGGAGAUUUACCUCACCGAGGGCGACCUUUAUGAUGUCCGCCUCGGCCAGGGCUGGGAGAAAGGCGCCUACGCAUACCGCAAACCCGGCAUGGAACACGGACCAUUCAGGAGUGAGAAGGGAUGCCUCAUGUUUAUCCUUUGUAUACCCGUUUCUGCAGAUGGGAAGGAAAAGAAGGCUUGA